UUUACAUGAUCAAUUGUGCUUAAUCAAUUUGUAUUACACAAACCUUUCAUUAGUUCAUAGCGUAAACUUUUAUUGUUAACUAUAAUUUUUACCAUGUCACCAUAGCAAAGUCCAAUAGUUUAAUCAAAUGUGAUAUUUCCAUAAUUUUAUUUUAUUAUUGGACCACAAAUUAUGAAAAAUUUACGUAACACUAUUCUUUAAAAGUUACGUAAAUUACUAAUAUGUUAUGUCAAACUUAUAUAGAGGUAGUUAUUUAUUAUGUAUCAAAUAAUCAAAACAUAAUGUGCUAAGUCUUCUUAAUAAUUAAGACAAUACAUAAAUCUUAUAGAUAGUGGAUAGUCAUUUAUUAUGUAUAAAUUAAAAAAAAUAUUACAUCAUGCUUCCGUACAUCAAUUUUUAAUGAAAAUGUCAAUAUUACUAACCAAAUGGUUGAUCAUCUCAUUAAUUUGCAUUAUACAAAGGUUCUAUAAGGUUAGUUAUAUUUUACAUAAUAAUUUAAUCAAAUGCGAUACUUUUCUAAUUUUAAUUCCUAUAUUACUAAUUUGAAUUUUCAUUAUACUAUGUCAUUAAUUUGCAUUACGCAAAUCCAUAAGAUAAGCCAACUUUUACAUUAUAAUUUAAUCAAAUGUGAUUUUUUUAAUUUGAUUUUCUUAUUAGACCACACAGUACGGAAAAUUUAAGUAACACUAUUCUGAAAAGUUUCAUAAAUUAUGAAUAAAUUACAUAAAAAAAUUUAGAGUGAUAAUUAUUUUUACGUAUCAUUUAAACAAACAUAUUACAAAAGUCUUACCGCCGCGAAGCGCGGGCCAAAAAACUAGUAAGUUUAAACGUAUAAAAUAUGUACAUUUGUAUAUACGUAUAUUAAUCGGAGUAUUUACUAAUCUACUUUUUUCUGAGUAAAUGCCAUGAUUGGUCACUAAGAUUAAUAUUCGUAUAAGAGUAUAAAAUAUGUGCAUUUAUAUAAACUUUUAGAUUAAUUAAGCACAAGAACUCACUUCUAAUAUUGUGGGCGGCAUUACCCAGAAAAUAAAAGGCAGAUUUCUUUGCCCGGAGAAUAUGGAACUCCAUUAAUUAAAAAUAUGUGUAAAUCCAACUUGUGAUCUCAAGGGGAACUGCAUUGAUUACCCAGAUCCGCUGCAUAUGCAAUUGGGAGAUACUGUCUACAUGUUAUACGAAAUGAAGUUUCGUCCAUUGAUGAACUGUACCAUUUUUAAUGUUUUCCCUAGAAAACAAGUAUAUAUUAUACAUAUUGUAUACAAUACAUAUGCUGUUUGUAAAGCGCGCACAAGGUACGUACUGGACGUGCAUUUUCAUGCUAUAUAUUAUCGACACUCUCCAAUUCCCCAAAAGCACAGCUAAUCAAUUCAGACUUAAGCUAUCUUCCACGACUUUCAUUAAAUAUAUAGCUCAGCAAGUUGCAUGCAUGUGAGGUUAUGAGUGUAAAUUAAAUGAGAUCGAUCAACAGCCGGUAGCUAGAGGGCUAUAUAUACACACUAACGCAUAUUGGUUGUGCAAGAGAUAUAGUCAUUAGUCGCAGGAAGUAAUUAAACUGUAACUAAGCUCUGCUAUGUACACGUAAAAUCAAGUAAGUCCCAACAUACAGGGAGUAUACAUAUAGUACCGUGGAUCAUAGGUUUUGGUUAAAUGCUUUACUUAUUUUCUAUGUAUGAAUGAUCUGUGAUUAUUUGAUUGACAGAGAAAGUAACUAUAUGCAUGUGCAGGCUAGGUGAAAAAAGGGCCGGAAAUGGAAGUAUCGGUGAUAUCAACGGAGAACAUCAAACCAUGGUCAUUGGCAGGAAGUAAUCAGCAUGAGUUCAAACCAUUCAAGCUGUGCCUUCUUGACCAGCUCAUGGUCUCCAUUCACUCUCCUCUCGUCCUCUUCUACCCCAUGAAGGAUGAUCAUCACGAUAAGAAAUCAUCGGCUAGCACACGGUUGAAAGCCUCGUUGUCGAAGACCUUGAAUCCCUUCUACCCUCUAGCCGGGAGAGCGAAAGACAACCUCAUCAUCCACGACUUCGAAAAGGGCAUCCCAUUCACCGAAGCCCGAGUGAAGGGACUGUUGGACCUGGUUUGGAAGCAAGAAGAAGAAGUAAUCCGAAUCCCUUGCGGAGAAGGAUUGGAGCUGCGCGUUGUGAAGACUGAAGUUUAGUGAAACUGCUGCGUUUUGGUUAUUUAUGUUUUGGUACUUGUUUUAUUAAGUUGUGCUAGUUUGAUCAGUAUCCGUUGUGUGCAACAGAUCGAGCAAACAGAGUGCUGAUCUUCAGCUGUUGCUUGGUUUAGUUGUUGCUGAUAGAUAGGAGAUCAGUUUGGUAGUUGGUUAGUGGCCGAUUUCUCUGGCUAAACCUCAUGUAUUUAUUUCCUCUUCAUUUUCAAUAAACAAACUGUCAGAUU